AUGAUUAAAUUAUUAUUAAUUUUAUUUUUUAUAUUUCCAAGUUUAAUUAAUUCAAACGAAAUUAAUGAUAAAUAUUGGCCAGUAUUUAAUUCUUGGAUGGAUGCAUACGAUGUAAAAUAUCAUUCUUCAGUAAUAAAUGAAAAAUUUGAAAAUUUCAAAGAGAAUUGUAUCCAAAUUCAAAAUUCCAAUAAUAAAAAUGUAAAGUUUGUCACUGUAACAUUUGAAGAUGAUAUCCAAAAUUCAUUCAUUGAAUCAUCAUUUGGAAGAAAAUUACAAUCAAUCAAUGAUGUAAUUUUACCAUCGAUUUCUAUUACUUUACCAAGUUCUAAUAUUCCAACAUUAUCAUUGAAUAAAUUUAGUGACUUAUCACAUGGAGAAUUUAUUGAUAUGUUUACUGGCCAAAAUGAAGGAGUUGAAAGUAUUCCUGAUGAAAGUCCCUCUUUAUCUGAUGGUGCAAUUUCUGGAAUUGUAAUUUGUAGUUUUAUAGGUUGUUCAGCAUUGGUUGGUAGUGCAAUUUAUUUAAUUAAAAGACGUAUUCAAACUAAAGAAAAAGAAGUUGAAAAACAAAAUGAAAUUAAAGAAAUUGAAGAUCAUAUCAAAAAAGUAUUUGGAGGUGUAAAUGUUUUUGAUCUCCAACCAGGUUCCCAUCAAUCAAUUACUGCUAGAGGUUAUCCAAUUGAAAUGGUAGAUAUUAAAAUCAACAACCAACAACAAUAA